AGCCGGGCGGCGGUGCGGGACGGAGCGCGGCGGGGCGGAGCGGGGCGGCCCCAUCGGGGCGAUCAGCGCCGAGUUCUCCCCCAUCGCAGCGGCCUGAGCGCGGAGCAGCUCGUCCUUGGGCAGCGCCGCGGUGCUCGGCCCGGCACCUGCUGCGGGACACGGCGGAGCUCUGCUGCUGCCCGUCUGGUUUCCUGAUCCCUUUUUUUCCCCCCUUUCUUAGGCACUGCUUUGAUCUUCUGGGAAUAGCACGAAGGACUCUGAUCAGUGAGUAAUCCACAUUUUUCGCAUGUUCCUUUCCUGAUCGAGUGACAGUACCGGGUCAGAAGGAAGAUUUACUUGUGGCCGUACACCGCUGCCCGGUUUGUCUCCCAGCUCCUUCCCAGCUCCGGGCCGUGACUUGGCUGCCCUUGCUGCACAACGCUCUUCUUCGUAAGGACUCGGAAGUGUCAGCUGGCAGGCUCCUCUCUGGGGCCAAAAGCAGCGCUUUGCAUCAAAUCCAUCCCAGGUUUCCACUUGGAGUAUUGCUGUGUCUGAAAUGUGUUAAAGCCGAUCUUCUUAUCUUGUAUUUUUUUUGUACCAUGCCCUCAGAACAUGUCUAAUUGGACAAGCCUGUGGUACAUUUGGUUAAUCUUGCUGACUGUGUUCAUGCUCCUGCUCUGUGGGAUCACAGCAAGCUGCAAGAAGUUCUGCUGCCGGAAGAAGAGGCCUCCAGUUCAGCCCUUCCCUCGGCACCCCUAUGAUCUGACUGUUGUUGCUAUUGACAGCGACAGCACUGCUCACAGCACAGUGACCUCAUAUAGUUCAUUCCAGUACCCUCCAAGUGCCCCUAUCCCUUCGGUAUUUGUGGGUAUGGAUAGGAGCACUGUAUCCCCUCCAGCUUACAGCCCCUACGCAAUGGAUUUGCCACCUUCUUAUGAUGAAGCUGUCCAAAUGGGUAAACAGCACAUUGAAGUAGCACUGGUCAGCCAGAAACUCAGUGACAUCCCUGGACAGGUGAUGCCAGGUGGGCAGAAUCCCAUCCAGAAUUCACCUGAAGUAAUCAACAGAGAUCCAUCAACACAGCCAAAUUCAGAAGAUGCAACACAAGAACAGCCUCAGCUCUAGCUCAUUUUGAUGAGGAGUAAAGAAAUGGAAGGACUAUGGAAGUUAAAGAGGACAUAAAGAAUUUGGUUUUGUAAGACAAAGUUAUGAAGGAAAGAUCUCCUAACAGAUCGUGAUAAAGGGCAGCAGUUUAAAAGUGCCUAUAAAGGUGGGCCAUGGAUGCUUCUUCAUCUUUUGUUUAAGUAAAAUAACUCCCUGUGCCCAGCAGAAGACCAUGGGGAUGCUGUCAUCUUGGAAACAGUCAGAUGUUACAAAAAGCAAGUUGCUGCUCCUGAACAGAGCUUUCGUAAACUGGAGUUGAAAGUAGAAUCCUAUAAACUCACACUGGAGAGUCAGUGAUACUCUGUCUCUCUACAGUUUCUUUUAUUUUGGGAACUGUAACUACUCAGCAAACUGCUGGGGUGCUAAAUUUGUCACUACAUAAAGACAUGUGUUCCUUAAACUGAAGAAUGACUGCAAACACGGACAGGAAAGUGUCUGGGGGAAAACGCGCUACCUUCUGUUUCACAACUACAGGCAAGGAAUGAAACAGAUAAGAGAGAUUAUUUUUGUUGGUCAUAAGACUCAAAGGGAUUGGUUUGGAGUUUUGUUCCUUUAAAUCUAUUUUCAAGAUGAGCUGGCUUGUGUAUGGGAUCCUUUUGCUACUUACUUCUGCCACUUGAAGUACAAAUUAGUCUCAAAGAGAUUUCUGUACUUGGUUGAGUAUCAGUAAUGUGUUUCAAUAUUCACAGUACUUGCUGAUUGAGCACGGUGGGUUUGAAAAACAGCAUGAUUGGGACAAUAUCCAUUGUUUUAGAUGCAGAUAAUAUAUAACAAUUGGCUAUUUCAGAAGAACAUGAUACUACCAUCAUGAGAACCCAUGUGACAUCUCACCUGGAGGGAUUAUCAGUGUGAACUUGACAAGCACUUAACUACAUAGUAGUUUUUCCUUAUUUUUAAAGGCUGAAGUAAAAAAGAAGAUAACCCACAUGGCAUCAGUUUAAGGUUUAUGGAAAAACUGUGUUGUCUAAUCAGUUGUAACUGACCACAGAGAGCUAAUUAUAUUGCCUGCCAGUGACAGCAUCAAGUUCAUUUUCUGCAGUGUGAAUUUCUCCCACGUACAUUUCUUCCCAUCUUGGUAACAUUUGCUUGCACUAAACAUGAAAAUUCUGGGGAAUUUCAAAGCAGUUUUGCAAACAUAAGAUACCUCUUGUCAGCCUUUCAUGUGUAGAAAUGAAGAUUUAACACAAUGGCCUACAAAGUCAAUUCUCUAUGCCACCAUGUUACGUUUGUAUCUGACUUUCUGAUUGUAGCACAGAAGAGGGGUAAUUCCCCUUCUGAGUCAUUGUGUGUGCACUAACAAACACGUUUUCAAAGCUUAAUGUAAGAAAUGUAGCAUGGCAUCUAAUGUGCUAUAUUAUGUUAAUUAUAGCUAUGAGGAAACCCAGGACAUACUAAAGACUCAGAAGACAUGAAAUUAGAGAGUGACUAGGAGGAAAAUGUCCAAACCAAAAUCUUGUAUGUAAAACAAUAAAUGUAAUUAAUUUUUAAGAUUACAUUUCUAUCUCACAAGGAACUUUAGCAAAUGUUGCCUACCUUGCAGUUAGCCAAUCUCUAUAUUUUUUAUAUUCUGUACUGUCAAGGUGGUAAAUAUUAUAUGUAUGGAUUACUCAGACUUUCUAUUUUUGGUUUCUUAGCACAGCAGUCAGUGGGCUAAAACACUGAAUUGUCUAAUACUGUCUAAUACAAGGCAGAGUGCUCUUGUUAGAAGAGGCAGGAAUAUAAAAUGAGGUGAAUGAAAUAACAGUGGCUGACACAAGAGGGCAGCCAUUCGCUUUUCAGUGAAUUGCGUUGUGAGAUGACUGGGAGCUGCUCUGUAAUACAGAGAUCUCUUCCUGCUGCCAAGGGCAAGGGCGGUUUUGAGCCUGGGCUCUGACCAGUCUGCAGAGAGAAGUUACUUUGCAGUGCAAGGACUGAGUUUGCAAGGGGAAAAAAAGGGGAAUAAAAUCACAAGGGUUUGACUUCCCUUCUCUGCAUGUUUUUGCUUUUACAAUGCUUCUGUCAUGUGAGUUCUCAGAAGUUCCUGACGGACUACCUACCACAUUGCAAGGAGACCCAUUCAUUUUGCUUAUAUAUGCUGCUAGACCCAGUAUCAAAACAUUAAGUACCCAUGGAGGGUAUUGUAAGGCCUUACAACAUGGUUCAUUAAUUUUAAAUAAACUAUUUCCUUGACCUAAUCAACACACAGGAGCAUAGGAUUUUCUUUAAACAUUUAAUAUUUGAAGAUUAAAAGCAGCUCGUGUUUUCGACAGUGAUAUCUGGGCUUUGAUCUGACUUCUCGCAGCUGAUAACCAAAGCUCACCCUCACCCUGUCUGCGAGGAGGCAGAUUGUUGACAACUGUGCAUUAUUUGCAUCUCCACUUAGCAGGUUUCAUUUGCUCAAUAGAAUUGCACUAAAUAUAUCUCCCGAGACAUAAAGAUCAUACAUAAGGGCAAGGCAGGGAAAGAUAAUUUCUUGUUAAUGGCUGUAAAAAUAGGUUUGAGAGAGAUUCUAUUCAACCUGCAUUUUUGCAAUGCAACUGCAAAAGGAUGGUAAGAUUUCUUAGCCUUAAUGAGUGGUAAGUUAAAAUGAACUUCUUAACUUUGAUCGAUGUUUUAAAACUCACUAAUUAAACUGAGAAUUUAGAAUUGAGAUUAGUGCUUUUUGUUUCUAUUGCUACUUUCCACACAAAAUUCUCUUUUGACUUUUUCUUUGUGUUCUUUCUAGCUCUGUUUAUCUGUCAGCAUGAGAUCUGACUUCAUGAUCCUAGAAAACUCUGUUGAUGGUUGAUGCCACUUAGUGAGGUUCAAACAGGAUACCUUCAAAAGCUCCCAACCUAGAUAGGUGUGGUGUUCUUUGUUUCUGCCCUACUGAGCUUGUAAAGGGGAUCUGAAGGAUAGGAUUGCUCUUUAAUUGUUCUCAUGUAUGUUGCCAGGGUCCCUGGUUUUGUCAGUGAAAGCACUUUUUCCUUCUAUAAUUACAUUCUGCGAUGUAAAAUAAAAAUAAAACUCAGCUGCAGAAAAAGAGCCCAGCUUACAUUUGAUUUUAUUCCUCUUAAUCACGUGUCCUUUCCCACUUGUUUCCAAACAGCCAUGAUGUGUCUCAACUUUGGGUUCUCUGAGAGCCAUUAAAGAGUAACUAGGCAGGGUGCACAAAAAUUAAUUCAAUGAGAAUUAAUGUCUAUGUACAUAACGCUUAUAGCCAGUUCUUAAGCUCUUAAACAAGGCAUUAUAAGGGAUACUAUUUAUUAGUGCUGCAGGAAUGAUGAAGGUUUCCAUUCCCUGGCCAAGGGAACUGGCUUGCAGCUGCCUGUGCAUGUGCUAUUGUGACGUGUUUAGAAGCCUGCAGGGUGAUCUCCACAAAGCUACUUCCUCUCUCCUGUCUCUUUUUCUUCACCUUUCCUGUUGAUCUUCUGUUUAGGGCAUGUAUCCUCUGGAAUGGGAAAUUCUCCCCACACUGGAAUUGUGGCCACAAAGGGUCCCACAUGUUCAGCUGGAUGGAGGACCUAAGAAUUCUGAUUUGUCAGUCUAGCAUUUUCACCAUUAGUAGAUCUGCUAAACUCUGAUUACAUCCACACAAGCUUUGUGACAUCUCUAAGGGAAAAGCUCCUCUUAGUAAUUAACUGAAGUGCAUAUCCAUUGUGAAUUGAAUCUGGUGCUUAUUUGGCACUGUUCAACAUGUAAUUCUUCUUCUCCCAUUUGUUCAUAAUAAUUGUUUUGGCAGCUAUUUUCUGUUAUUUGCUGGCUGUGUGCAGGAGCUUAUGAUGGGGAGAUGCACUGCUGGAGCAAGGCAGUGCUUACAUCACUGGCAGCAGCUUGCAGUCUUGUCUCUCCUCUCGCACACACAUGCGCUCACCAUGAGCCCUUGUGCUCAGAAAGAAAAUUCAGGCUUGCAAGUAAAUUGCCUCAAUAAUUCAUAGGCUUUAUAGCCCAGAGCAAAUUAUACCUUGGCUCUGUGAUGAAAUUCAGGCUGCAAAUCCCUUUAUAGCCAAGCUCAUUAACAAUACAAGUAAAGUGGUACAUCUAUAAUGGCUUUUAUGAUCAAUGCAUUAGAAUCUUUGGAGAGUAUUAAGUGGUAAACCGGCAGCAUCCAGAGCAAAGCAUCAGUAGGGUCUGGAUGCAGUACGACUCAGAAAAGCCAUUUCUUUUUCUGCCUUGCACUUGCCUUUGUCUAUCUCGCUGCCCUGUAAAUACCAUUUAUUCACCAUGCAGCAUGUGCUAUGCUCCCAAUCAAUAAAACAGAUCUCGUUGUCUUGAGGGCUGGUUUACUGCAUUAAGCAGUGAGUGUAGGUCAGCAUGUAGGUUCCUGCAUGUGCAGUGAUCUCUGUUACAUGUUCCUACAGUGUCUGUGACUUGGCUCUUGGAGAAGGGGAAGGAGAUGGAUGACAGCCUUUCAUCUUAAGGAUGGAUGCAUGACUGGGGAACUGUCCCCACUCAUCUGUUAUUCCACCUUGCCUGCAGUCUGCCUUCCUCCACCAGGUGGUAUCAGUGAGCCUAACUGACCUAUGGGCACGUCAAUUUUUCAGAUGCUUGACCUCACAGAAUUUAAUUAAGAAUUUGGAAGAAAAAACAUCCUUUCCUUUAUUCUCCAUUGGUCAAAUAGAGAGCAAUUAUGGACUUACGGAACAGCUGAGUUUAGGAGGGACCUCUGGACACCACCUAUGGGAAUGCAAGAAGGACUGUACAGAGCAGCAGCUGUGGAGCAAGAUAAACAGCAUGAGAACCAAGGACACCUCUAGAUGAAGAAAGAACAGCUCGUGGCUCUGACUGGAUAAUGUUGAACGGUUGGAGAGUGUUCAUGGAAUGUUCUGUUGACAUGUAGGGGCAAAUGGGAAAGCCAAGAAAAGAAAACUUAUGUAGGUAUAUAAGUAAUUUGAGAACUUGAAAUAAAUGAUUUGGAUCGUUCA